AUGGAAUAUACUAUGUGUCGCCGAACACCACACCUCACAAAUGAAAAAGAUUCUGACAGUGAGGAAGAUGCAGUUUGGGGACUUCCCUUUAGUUUAGCAAUGUUUGAUUUCAAACAGUGUGAUCCGAAGCGAUGUACAGGAAAAAAGCUAUUGCGUUAUGGCUUUACCAAAGUUUUAAAGCUGGGAACCAAAUUUCCUGGUUUGCUGCUUUCUCCAGGUGGUGAACGAACAAUUUCUCCUGCUGAUCUCGUUUACAUUAAAACUGGCGGCCUUGCUGUUGUGGACUGCAGUUGGAAUCAGGUUGGGAAUGUUGAUUUAAGCAGAGCAAAAGCUUCGCACCGUCGUCUUCUGCCGUACUUAGUUGCUGCAAAUCCGGUGAAUUUUGGGAAGCCAUGCCAACUGAGUUGUGUCGAAGCACUUGCAGCGGGUCUGUAUAUUAUUGGUCUGAAGAACAAUGCACAGAUGCUUCUUUCUAGAUUCAAAUGGGGUCCGAACUUUUUAAGAAUAAAUGUAGAUUUACUGGAUGCAUAUGCUGCAUGUAAAAAUGGUGCUGAUAUUAUCGCUCAUCAAAAUGCUCAUCUGAAAGCACUGAAAAAUGAAGCAGAUGAAACGAAACAGCGAUCAGUUGAUAUGCCAGAAUCGAAUUCCGAAACUGACAAUGAUGAUACUGGCGACGAUGAUGAUGAUAGUGACUAUAGCAAAUAA